GCGGUCAGUGCGCCUUGUGUUGGGUACUGCCGAUGCAAGGAUCCGACGGACCUCUUACUGGGCCCAACAUGAAGAACACGCGUAAGAUUUCGCCCGAACUCGCGCCGACCCACGACAAACCCGUGAGCUCGAACAAUCCGUCCACGAAUGCCAUCCUGGAACUCACACGCAAAGGAUCGGGGCUCCGGCGCCAAGGAACUACUCGGCUCGGUUCGCCGCCAACCCUCUGGCAACGCCGGGCGAUGACAAUUCUAGAGUCGAAUGUGUUCUCGGGCCUGAUGAACAUCAUCACGAUAUACUGCCUCUUUGGUGAUGAUCUCCGCGUCGUGUACGGAAGCAAGUCGACGGACCUUGGGUUUUACGUGGUUGCGUUCGUGUUCUUUUGCCUGUUUUGCAUCGAGUUUUUGCUGUCGUGCUUCGCCAAGCCGUUCUACCUUGCGUCGUUCUACUUUUACCUGGACAUCAUCGCCACCGUGUCGCUCAUUCCAGACAUUGGAUUCAUAUGGGACCUCAUCGUUGGCGCCGACAAUCGAAGCGUCGCGGCGUUGAGUGCAGGCAAAACAGGUCGCAUCGUUCGUGUCGUGCGCAUCGUUCGCCUCAUUCGGAUCGUCAAGUUGGUCAAGUGGCGCCACAACGAAGAGCAGAAGCAGCAGGUGGCCGAAUCCAAAACGGGUGGCAAGUUGGCUGAAAUGACAACGCGUCGUGUCGUCAUGAUCGUCAUCUUCCUCUGCUUUGUGCUUCCUGCCUUUGACGGCGGGUACAACGAUCCGAUCAACACGUUCGAGACCAAGGGCUUCGAGACUCUUCACGUGUUCAACUUCCAGCCGAUGCCAUGCGCCGCUUUCAUGGGCAUGCUGAAAGUCUGGAUCACGCGCACCACAAACAACCUCAUGUACCUCCGCAUGAGCAACAUUCCAUUUGAGACAACGACGCAGUGGGCGUCCGAGAUUCGAUUCAGCAGCCUGGACUUGAAGGUUGCGAAUUUGACGCAUGAUCCGACGACGGGAUGGUGGCCGGAGGAUAUGUAUCUGUCAGAGGAUGAAUUGCUGGCCAACUACCGCCCCACCGACCUCCGCGUGAUCCGCAUCACGGGCUGCUACACGACGGACAUCGAUCCGAUUGCAAUUCCUGGCAAUUGCACUUCUGUCACGUACUUUGACAUUCAAAGCGACAUUCAAGCCGCGGCAAAGGCCAGCAUGGUCAAGGCGGCAUUUGUCAUGCUCGUGCUGAUUGCGUCCUCCAUUUCGUUUGUGCGUGUGGCUCGCAAGACUGUGCUCGAGCCCAUCGAGCGCAUGAUGGCGACGGUGCAUCGAUUGGAGUCAAAUCCACUGGCUAAGCACACGACCGUCGAGCAGGAGGACCAAAAGCUGGCCAAGGCACAAGGGUUUGAAACAGCGUUGCUCGAGUCGACGUUGGAGAAGAUUUCAGCGCUGAUGCAAGUCGGAUUCGGGGCGGCCGGGGCGGACAUCAUUGGCAAGAACAUGGGCGCCGGGGACGUGGACCCGAUGCUUCCCGGCAAGAAGAUCACGUCGAUUUACGGCUUUUGCGACAUUCGGCAGUUCACUGACACGACCGAGUGCUUGCAAGAAGAGGUGAUGGUUUAUGUCAACAAACUCGGCCACAUCAUGCACAGCGGCACCCAUGCGUACUACGGGAUGGCCAACAAGAACGUCGGGGACGCGUUCCUGCUGUCGUGGAAGCUCUGCGACGGGGAAAUGCCCGGAUUCGCGCGCUUCAGCGACACCCCGACCGAGGAGGAUCGGAAAGCCGUGAAUGCAACGGUCAAGUGCCCGCCAAACGCGGGUGCCGGCAAGAAGAUGCGCCGCGUGACCCCCACGGAGAUGGCGGAUUCGGCGCUCACGGCGUUCCUCAAGUGCAUGAUUGACCUGGACAACGCCAAUUCGUUUGGCGUGCUGCACGAGUACAUUGUAAAGGACGUCGUGAUCAAGCGGUUUGGGCCAGGGUUUCGCAUUCAAAUGGGGUUUGGCAUGCACGUGGGGUGGGCGAUUGAGGGCGCGAUCGGGUCUCGUUUCAAGAUCGAUGCGACGUACAUCAGCCCCCACGUCGAGAUGGCGGACCGCCUCGAGGCCGGGUCCAAGAUAUUCAAGACCAAAAUCAACGUCAGCCACUGGCUUUACGCGCUCCUGUCGCCCGGCGCCCGCAAGUUCAUGCGGAAGAUGGACACGAUCCAGAUUCGAGGGGUCGACACGCCGCUAACAGUGUACACGUUUGACGUGACGAACCCGAAGAACGGAUUUGCCACACCAAAGUUCGACACAGACGAGCGCGGGAACCAAGUGCAGAAGCCCGUCGACUUUGAGCACGACCCAGAGUACAAGGAGAUCCGAGAGGGCCUGGACCCCGAAUUCCUCGAGAGUGCCGCCGCAGGGGUCGACCAGUACUUGGCUGGGGACUGGGCCAGUGCCAAGGGGUCGCUGACGCAUGCGCUACAACUUCGUCCAACCGACGGCCCGACCAAACACGUGAUGGACUUUAUGAAGGAGCAUCAGUUCCAGGCGCCGACAGAUUGGAAUGGAGUGCGCACUCUCAAUGGGUACUAGGACGAACCUCGCCAUGACGGUCUGCAACUGCAUGGAAUAUACUUCACACGUAUCGACAUCUCGGGAUGCUAAAUGAGCUCCAUAUUGAUCUUUACAACUUGAUGCUGGGCAGAGUGAAAAUGUUGAGUGCUCGCAGUAGCGCGUCAAAGGCUGCGGAGGUCGGGCCAGCUGCCUUGUACUGCUUGGCGGUGUCUCGAAGUAGAGGCACCUGGAUGGAGUGUCCUUUGGCGGCCAGAGCGGCCACGACGCGUGGAGAUGUGACGAACUGCAGUAGUUGCGUCACGUUUCGCGGUUGCUGGCUGUACAAGCACUUUUCAAAAUCGAUGAACACACAGGUCCCCUGAUGAACAAGAAUGUGGCGCAUGGGGUGCGUCAUCUCGGCCUUGUUGAUGCGAAGAACGUCAAGAACGUAGCAUUGAUGGAAGAUGCGGCGCAGAAACCACGCGACAUCCGCCUUUGUCGUCGCUUCAUGGUGAAGGAAGUCCACAGCAUGCAACACACCGUCCAGGAAUUCGAAACAGCAGUAGCCAGGCCCUUCCAAGACGAGCUUCGGGCCCAUUCGUAACCGAUUCAUACGACGGAGCCAUAGACUUUCUCGGUCAAUGGGGUUGUUCUUGAUUCCGUUCAACUUUUGGACCUUGAUGAGGACGGGGGGCAUAAGGGAUGGGCUCGUCCCGGCAUAAAGCACACCUCGUUUCCCGCACGCAAAGAAAUGUGUUUCCACACGUUCAUUCCGUUGGAGUUCCAACGCUCUGACAGCAUGUUUCAACGCCUCUUCGCCUUCCGACUCUGGUUUCAUGAGCGAAUCCAGUUUGGUUCGAUCCAGCUUCCACGAUGUCCAACGAGCCUCAUGUGUUGACGCGGUCGUCGCACUCACCAUCGACACAGUCAUAGACGCCGGUGCAAUGUCUCCGUACGAUUCAUCCAAGGCAUGGCAUACGUCCUGGGGAAGAAAUGCGCGGAAGCUCUUCAUCUGAAGGACGACAUACCAGUUCCAUCGCGCCAAUUCUGGCAUUGCCCUCACCAAAUUGCAAACUUUAG